AUGGAACAGCAACGGGGUUAUCUGGAGAGCUCAGCGGACGAAUGGAAAGUGAAGUAUGAGCGCCAGAAAGAAAUCGCAAAAGAAUAUCUGAAGAUGGCAGAUGAUAGAACAAUGGAAGGUCAUCUCGCCAUCAGUGACCUCAACGAAAGUAUGUCCGAGGAAUCAGCGGAAAGGUCACGACACUUGGCGGAAUUGAAGGACGAGUGUGACCAGUUGCGCCAAAAGGUUACCGAAGCAGAAGCUAAACGGGAUGAAUACGCCGCCAACCUUGCAGAGGUUACACAACGGUUGACAAAGCUGGCAACGGAGACGUUUAAGCUCGGGAACGAUCUGAAGCUGCGAGAGGAAGGUAUCAGUACUCUGCAACAUGAGUCAAAAGGUCAUCAGAAACGUGCGGAUGAAGCAGAAAAACUACGUGAUGACGCAAUCAAGGCGAUGCGUGAGGCGAGAGACAUUACAGCCACUGAAGGAGAACGCCUGAAAGAAGAAAUUAAAAAGGCCAACCAGGAGAAUGAAAAGGUCACGGGAGACAUUCAAAAGGUCACUAAGGACGGACUCAAAUGGCAAAAAGAAGCACGACGACUGGAUAUAAUGGUCACGUCAUUGGAAAUGAAAGACAAAGAAAAGAGCCAAGAAAUCACGAAGCUGAAUGCUGAACUACUCGAGAUGACCACUACAGCACUGGCGAAAGAUGUUGAGUUGAUUGCAAUCAAGAAUCAACUGAGAUCAGCCGCCGGAGAAUACCAGAAACUUGAAGGAGAUGUGAAACAGUUGACCGAACAUAUUAACAAGGCGCAAGAAGAAACCGAAAGGGUUGUACAAAAGGAAACUUUCAAGUGGCAAGACCAUACGCGAAAGGUCAAGCUGGAGAAUACGGAGUUGAAGUUAGAGCGUGAUGACCUCCAUUUGAAAGUUAGACGCCUCGAGGACAAAAACAAGGCACUCCAGAUGUCUAACAAGCAUAAGGACGAGCCACUCCUGCAGCAUGGAGUCAAAACAGCAAAGGUGGAAUCACCUCCGCCCAGUUACAGCAAGGCGCAUGAAACGGGCAAAAGCCUCCAUUUCGAGAUGCCGCUACGAACCGGUACUGGCAAAGGAAACGCAGUCAAGACGGAAAAAGAUGGAGAAAAGGUCAUCGAUGAUCGGACAUCAGAAGCCAGCGCGGUAAAGGGCCCAGCCAAAACUUGGUUUGAGGGAGAAAUGGACAUCGCAUCGGAAGACGGAAUCGAAUAUUCGAUAACCGAAUGGAUGGAUAAAUUCAAAGAUAAAUACGGCGACCGAGACGAAGAAGUCUUAGGCUUACUUGAGGCCUACGCAAGGAAGUUCGAACUGGGAAAAGAAUCGCUCGACCAGUAUUACCAGGCGAUGAUGCGCUUUAAUGCAAAGAGAAUCAUCACUGAAAAGCAAGCAGUCAGGUUCCUUAUUGAAGGAUGUAGAGUGGACAAUGACCUUUACAAGGCAUUACGGGCACAAAAGUGCAAAACGCCAACCGACGUGAAAGACUUUUUCCGACAUUGGGCAACGGGAGAAGAAAAAUACAAGGCACCAAAAGGUCAACGUAACCAGGAAUACGUAACCAUCCGUCAAGGUCAGGUCGAACCGGUGCCACAGCAACGAGGCGCAGCCGCACCGGUUCAGCAGCAAACGGAAUAUCGCGCGGAAACUCCGGUCAGAGAGGUCACAGAAAGAGUGACCUCUAUUGACAGUCAGACGGGACAGCCGAUGACGUAUGCGAUGGUGGCUGCUAUACAAGCGGCGGCUCAAGUGAGGCCAGUAGCCCAGAAUGUGGCUCCCCAGAAUGUAGCCCCGCUGCCACCUCAGAAUAUGCCUCCCUCGAAUAUGGGGUUACCGCAACAAGGGAAUGGCAACGGUUGCGCAACACGGGUGGUUGGCACCAAGCAGUCGCAAACGGAUACGACCUCAUCGCCCAAUGGUUUCAGCACAGGGCAAACUUCCAAAACCAGCAAGGAAACGGAAAUAGUGCUGGCCAGAACAACGGCGGCUACGGCCGAGGUGGCUACGGCCGCGGCGGCUUCAGAGAAAGGGGCAGAGGCUAUGGCCGCGGGAAUUAUGGCGGUAACCGAGGCGGCGGAAAUGGUGGCGGCCAAGGUAACUACUACAACAAUGGUGGUGGUGGUGGCGCCCAGAACAAUGGAGGCGGCCAAAACAAUGGCGGACAGCAGCAAGGAAAUGUACAAGGCGCACAACAAGGAGGUGCGCCGGUUCAGAGAAACGGGCAAGAACAAAGAUUCAGGUGUAAAUGACCUUUCCGAACAAGAAGACAUGUUAGACUUGGAUGAAGACGACAAAGUCGAUGAGGAAAAGGAACAAGAUAUAAAAGUUAGAAGAGUUAAAAUUCAGCGAACGGGACUGGAUAAAGAUGUGAUUAGAGUUUACAGCGACCAGCGAAUCAAGCUCAAACUGUCAAUUUGCACACGCGUAAAGGUCAAGAUGGGAAGAUAUGCACCUGCCUCAACGAAACUGAUGUUCACACCCGUCUGCAAGCUGAGACUGAUGUACAGCCAUUAACAGGAGUGACAGAACACCGAGGAAAGCACUUUG